GGCAAGGAGCGGAGCCGCGAUGCGGAGCGGGAGGCGCGGCGGCGGAGCCGGGAGAUCGACGCGAUGCUGGCCCGGGAGAGACGGGCCGUGAGGCGGCUGGUCAAGAUCCUGCUGCUGGGCGCCGGGGAGAGCGGCAAAUCCACCUUCCUCAAGCAGAUGAGGAUUAUCCACGGCCGGGAGUUCGACCAGAAGGCGCUGCUGGAGUUCCGGGCCACCAUCUACGAGAAUAUCCUCAAGGGCUGCAGGGUUCUGGUUGAUGCACGGGACAAACUGGGAAUCCCUUGGCAGUACACGGAGAAUGAGAAGCAUGGGAUGUUUCUGAUGGCUUUUGAAAACAAAGCUGGGAUGCCCAUCGAGCCUGCCACCUUCCAGCUGUACGUACCCGCGCUGGGCGCGCUCUGGAGGGAUUCAGGAAUCAAGGAAGCCUUCAGCCGUCGGAGCGAGUACCAGCUGGGUGAAUCGGUGAAAUAUUUCCUGGAUAAUCUGGAUCGGAUCGGUCAGCUGAAUUAUUUCCCCAGCAAACAAGAUAUUUUGCUGGCUAGAAAAGCCACCAAGGGGAUAGUAGAGCAUGAUUUCAUCAUUAAAAAAAUACCCUUCAAGAUGGUGGAUGUAGGUGGACAGAGAUCUCAGCGUCAAAAGUGGUUCCAGUGCUUUGAUGGAAUAACUUCAAUUUUGUUCAUGGUCUCCUCCAGCGAAUACGAUCAGGUUCUCAUGGAAGACAGGCGCACAAACAGACUUGUGGAGUCCAUGAAUAUCUUUGAGACAAUAGUCAAUAACAAGCUUUUCUUUAACGUUUCUAUUAUCCUAUUCCUCAACAAGAUGGAUCUUCUUGUAGAGAAGGUAAAGACUGUCAGCAUUAAGAAGUAUUUCUCGGACUUCAAAGGCGACCCUCACAGGCUAGAAGAUGUUCAACGUUACCUGGUGCAGUGCUUUGACAGAAAGAGGAGGAACCGGAGUAAGCCACUCUUCCAUCACUUCACCACUGCCAUAGACACUGAAAACAUCCGCUUCGUGUUUCACGCUGUGAAGGACACCAUCCUUCAAGAGAACCUGAAGGAUAUUAUGUUGCAGUGAAGGAGAGCAACCCGCCUUCUGUUAAAAUUUGCUGGAGGGUUAGAUCAAAGUUGGUUUUUUUUUUUUUAAUCCUUUCUUUAUGGCCCUUGCAUGUGGUGUAGGACCCAUGCUAAUUACAUGGCUCAGGAAUGCUGUAAACUAGCCAGUCCAAACAGAGGAGCUAUAGGCCGAAGGAGUCAAGAGUUGAUGUUAGCUACUGAAUCAUUUGGACUAGAAACACUACUGAAACAUGGCCGUUGUAGGUUCUGUACCUAGUUUGGAAUGCUGAAUAACACAAUCACCUUCUGCCGCCUUAGAAAAAAAGAAAUCUCUGACAAACCAUGUAUGGAAGACGCGUUGUUUUAAAUGAAUAUGCUUAUUUUUCAAAGGCACUAGUCAUACAAACUGCCUUUUUUUUUUUUUUUUUGUAGCUAGGAGGUGCUGAAUCGAUCAAACUAAACGUAAUGAGAUUGGCAGCUGUAUUGGAGAACGUUAAUGGAAGUUGUGUUCUUAAGCCUUAGGAGUAUAACCAGAUCUGGUGUGCGUGUUCAGCUUUGCCAAGGGUCUGGAAUCCACUUAUCACAGGUCUUGUCUGAAGGUUUUGCAUGAGUCUCCUGAGGCAAAAGUCAAAAACUGUAAAAAGAAACCCAUGUUGGAGUAAAUUGGAUGGGAAGUUAAGGCCUUGCUGAUGUGGAGAAGGGUUUAUUUUGCACUAGAUGUGAAGGGUAUUACAUCAUGGGGGAAAACUGAUUUCCUUGGUGAAGCAGCCUGUGCUAGAGCACCCAACAGUGUGUCUGCACCGGGGGGGGCUCGAGAAAGAUGUACUUUGUGGAAAUCCAGUGCUGUUCUCUCACCCGCAGCUGGCAAUAUUUGUGGAGGUUCAGUAUCUCACGUGAGAGGGCUUUUAUCUAUAUUCAAAAGUUUGAAAGCUGAUUAAAUUCUUAAGCAAAGGUUUUGGUAGUACAGCAGCUGCUUGAUUAGUUCCCAAGAGCUGACCUUAUAGGAAGAGUGAACACCCUAGAGAUCCCAGUUUUACAGCUGCACUGAUUUAUUUAGACAGCAAGACCUUGCUGUAAAAUUAGCCUUUAAUUUGUGUCUUAAUGGGAUCUUUAGCCUAGACUAAUGCACGUGUAAUUCUGAGUGCAGUCAAGUUUGGAGUUGCCCAUUUGGGGCGAUUGGUUUUUGUGUAAAAUAGCAAGAGGCUGUGAACAAUGUUGAUAUGAACUGUUAAUUACCUAGUGCUCUGUCUGCUUAACGAACCAUCAGGUGCCUUUUUUGUGUACAGACAUAUCGGAUCUUUUCUAUUACACUGGGGUACGUGGACAAACCGAAGAUCUGCCUUUUGUAUCAACAUUGUAGUGUUAUCCUUUAGGUAAUUCUCAAACGUAGUUUACUGUGCAAUUUUUUGCCAUAGUUUUUAUCCAAGAAUAAAACCUGAAGGGCUGUUUGUACCCGUAAAAAGUCAGCAGAUUCCCUGGAGUUCUUAUCCCCUUUGAGCCCGUAAUGGUAUGUCAAAACAAGCAACGUUUUACUUCAGCUGGUAAGCCCAUGGGAAAUGUGGUCAAAAAAAGGCCUGUUCCGUUGUCCUUUCAUGUUAAUUUGGAUAAAAUCUGGAAUCUUUCUUCCCCUCUGAAGCUUGCAGAUGUUCCUAUCAGUAUUUUUGUGUUGUUUCCUAAUGUAGCAGUCCCUUGGCUUUCUUUGUGCAGGCUUCAGGGUGGAAAAGAUGCAGCCAUUUCAGCGCUCUGUGUCAAGGGAAGGAGCAACUGAGGAGUUAGUUGCAGAUGGGAAAACCAAACUUAAAUUUGAGAACUUAAACAGGAAUUAGCUUCCUUGUAACGAGUCUUAUUUUGCGUCAGGACCAACUCUGUCUUUUAAAUAUUUAUUCAUUUUUAACCUUGAGGGGGGUGAAAAAUGUUACGUGACUAUAAUAUUCAGAUGGGGGGGAAACUCUUAAGAUUAUUACAUUUGAAAAGGUAAAUGUUUGAAGAGAGAGUGAUGCAAACAAGUUUACUCAUCACACAAGGUUCGUAUCUCAAAGGCAGCCCAUUUGUUUGCCUGAACACUAAAACUUUUUCUCAAAGCUUUUCAGAGAUUCUGGGAGCUCUUGGUUGUGAUUUCCACUUCCCAGGCACUGGGAAAGGGGAGGCAGUUGUGGGCUGACCUGACUUCUUGGUUGACUUUUUAUUUUCUAGUGUGCUGUGAGCUUUAUUCUUUCACUACAUUUUCUAGAUGGGUUAAUAUUAUGCUUGUUUUCUCAAGUGAGUUAAACAUUCCCUUUCAACUGUAUUUUUUCUCAAGAAUUACCUCAGUAAUUUUAUGCCUGAAUCUACUGUAGUUUUUACCUGAGAGACAAAGCAUGGAAUUUCCUGUUCUGUUUUUCUCUUCAUGCUCAUCCAUGGGUUUGUAUCCUUAGUCACCUUACGGAUUUAAAACUCUGAACAGAGCUCAUAACACGACAUAUAUUUUAAGUAACUUAAUCUGCACACGGAAAAGAAUCAGCAGGAGGUAUCUCAUUGAGCUCUCAAGCUUGCUAGUGGUUUUUUUUUUGUAUGAUAGGGCAGUUUUGCACACUAAAUCAGAGUUCUAGGGAACCGGUUGGAUCACCUCAGGCCCAUUAUUGCCUUUUUUCUGUCCAUAAAGUGGGCCUGAGUGUGAUGCUGUAGCCUGCGGAUGGAAGUCAGUGGGUUGGCUCUGUUCUGUUGAACUUCCAUGGUGACGGUUCACACCAGGAACCCAAGAUCAGGAAACUCUACUUGCAAAAGUCAAGCACUUCUUAAGUUUGCAAAGGAUCUGGCCCACGAGGGAAAAGGACUGGUUUGUUUGUUUGUUUUUUAAAAGUGGCAGAUAAACUUCUUCCUCUGCAAAAUACACUCUGCUUCUUGCUACAACUGAGGUUUGGGUUUGGUUUUUUUUUUUUUUCCCAAGGUAGGUUGUAGUAAAAUAAAGCCAGAAAAUCACGUUAUGGUAAAUCAGUUAAUUAGUAAAGAAGAGCUUAGGUAGCUUAGGUCGUACAAACAUCUCGGGAUAGGCUGGGCCGUUGCUUAGUCCUUUCACAAGAAACAAAUAAAAAACUUUAUUUUAAGUGACAUCCUGGAGAACUUUGCAGGUAAACACAGCUGGAGAGAACAUCUUUUUUUGUUAACUUUAUAGGGUUAUUGUUCAUUUGGCUAGUCAGGAAAUGGGUCACAGGCAGGAUGAUAAUCAGAUGGAGACCUUGAACAACUUUUUUUUUUUUAUUUAAAGAAAAAAAGCAGCCUUUUGCUGUCCCUCCUCUGACACCCGCAGGUCAGUGACCAGAGAGGGGCUGUUGCAGAUGGGAUGUCUCUCACAAGGACAAAGAGAGGAAGUGCUUGCAGCAUGUGCUUGCAGGAGAGACUGACGUCAUCUUGCAGUUUAAGUUGAAAAACUAACUAAAUGGGAGUCAUUUAUCAAACACUGCUUUGUGUUUGUUGUCCUCCAAAGACGCUUUAAGCUGUUAGAGUGUGUCAGUCAGUGCCUUUCCUUCUGAUUGCGGUGCUGUCAUUCUCCAAACACUGCUUAGGUGGCAUUACGAGGUGACACAGUGAAUUGGAAUUAAAAAGGAAGAACAGUUUUCUGUAAGUGGCAUAUUUAAUAGGCAGUUGUCACUUUGAAGCGAUUAAAUAGUUGUUAAUGUUAAAAAUGAAUUAAUAUCCAUUCUGGAAGGGAAAUUACCGGCUGCUCAACUAUACACUACAAUUCAAAGAUGCUUCCAGUUUGACACAAAGAAUUGAUCUUAUUUUUUAAUAUGAAAUAAUAGAUUCUUUGGCUUAUUAACUUGAUAAUAUGUUCAGUUUAUUAAAAUACUGCUGUGUAAAACCUAGAACUAGGCACGUUACAAGCAUGAAGAAGCUCUUGAAGAUGACCGUUUGUAGGCUUUCUGAGCCAGCUAAAGCCUGAACCUCGGCCAAGCAGAUGGUGGAGAAACUACUGGCAAAAAACCUGUAGUGAAAUGGAGCAGGAAGAGCUCCUCUGUGUGUGGCACUGCAGAGAAAAAUGUAAUUCCACCAGGAUGGCUAAAGUAGGUUUUGGUAUGAAAAGGGGUGCAUUUGAGAAGUGUGUCCUAUCCUGCCUGUGUGUCGUCUCCCCCAUGGUAUUCACCAGUCCUGGUUACUGUGAUCUGCAAAGAAUUGUAGCAUUAGAUAAAUUAAAACAAUAGACAUGGAGCCACUGGAGAAACGUAGCAGCUUUCUUUAGUGACAGACAACUACCUUCCAGAAAUUAUCAUUUUAGAAAACAAGCCCUUUGCUGCCUUUAGCUGUGGAUAGUAACUUCAUGUUUUGGAGUCUUUUCUAUGUGCCUCUUUAGUUAUUCUGGAAGAAAAAAAAAAGCAUUCUGCUGUGUGGAAUGACAGGAUUUUUGGUAGAAGGCCCUUCUGAUUUUCAGGCAGUGAGUUUUGACACCUGAUGUAGCUUUGUGUGUGUCAUCACGUUUUCAGGAGUACUUGUUGGGUUGGUAGUUGGAUGCAUGUCCAACUUGAGACUCAAACACAAGAUGCAAGAACACCUUUGUACAACGGCAGCUUCUCCUGUAAAGCCAAACCCUCCUCUCUCACCAUGAGAACAGUAUUGAUUCCUGUCAGUUUAGCAGCACCCUCUUUUCUGUAUCCUUUUUCUAGUAUGAAAUCACAUGGUGUAGUCAGGGGUUUUUCUUCAUGUAGCACUGCCAACUCUUUACCUCAGUACACUCUUUAUUAAUUCUGUUACAUGGGAAGUUUCAGUAGCAACCGUAACACAUCUGUGCCUGCUCUUUCUGUGGGGUUUUAACAGAUUUUUAGGGAGCAUCCCUUGUGGGAGGGGAGGACUGGUGUGGUCUGGGCCAGGCUCGGGCUGAGUUAAUACUGACUCCACGCGCUUCUAGCUGAGGGCUGUCUAACCUAGUGAGGAAGUACUUGGCAAGACAAGAAAAGACCUAGUGCUUUUUAAGAUUGCCUGUUUUGUAAUUAGCUGGGGUGAUCUCUGCUUUGUGCUGUGAGGUGGGCACUUCUUUGUUUUAACACUAAUCUUUUUUUACAUAGAUGGAAAUGAGUAAAGCCAGGCUCUUUGGAGCUGAAGCUGCCGCUCUGCUGACCCGGCGAUGCUCUCUCUUGGCGGUUGGGCAGUUCAGCUUGAUCCUUAAUGUUUUUAUCUUUCUAAUGGCAUUUGGAAAGCGGUGUUGAAGUUUGUCUAUGUGUCGAUAUGCUUGUUUUUCUUAUUGGGUGGGGAGUGUGGAGGUACUAGAGUGUCAGUGCUGGUGGUUCUGUGCCUGGCUUGAUGAACUGUAUCACAACCUGGCUCUUGGCGUGUGCCCCAAGGCCGUAUCUUCUGUCCAAUGUGAAAAUAUUCACAGUUGGAAAGGGGAAAAAAGAGCAGCACUGACUUCCAAAGUGGGUGUUCUGGUAAAAAAAAAAAAAGCCAAAGUAUGUUGGAAGGGAGCAAGAGAGGGGAGCUAUUUUCUAAACUGAUCCCAAAAGCUGCUGGUGCUUGAAGACUGGCUGCAUUGAAGCAAAAUGCCAUUUGCAUUGACCCCAGAAGCUUUGAGUGACUCCAGAGAGCCACUUUGGUGGCACUUUGGUUUUGGGUGACCAGCAGUGGGCUGGCCAGGCUGGCCCUGCUGCAGCUGCACACCCUCCCACUGUAAAUCCCUCUUCAUCUCUUCAUAACCGAGGGCUAAAACUCAAUUCUGACUAAAACAGGUUAUGCAGAUCUCUGGCCAGACAAUGCAUCUUACUCCUUUCUAACUCCCACAUACUCUUUCUUCAAGAUACCAGGGCACGAGAAGAAUUUCAGGGAUGAGACUAUUCCCAUUAUUUGAAUAAAAAAUACAACUGAUGGAGAACAAAAUUUUUGGACCCAAAAAAGAGCAUCUUAUGUGGGAAGUAAUAGAUAAUUUUUUUAAUAGGGCUGCUUGUCUGCUAAUACUUCCUGACAAUCUCUCGUGCUGGGCUUGUGUGCAGGGGGUUGGGCACAAAAGCUGGGAGAAGGUGGCAGGGAGAAGGGGGAUGUGGAAGAGAAAUGAUCCUUUUGGUAGUUCCCAAGACUUGGGAAGCGUGCUGGGGGGGCCUGGGUUUGAAAAUGUGUGUCCAAACUCCCAUUUGCAUCAAAGCCAUUAACUGUCUUUAGGAUAAUGAGCGGUUUUCCAGUGAACAGGGUUCGUUAGCUGGAAGGUGUGAGGAGCUUCAAUUGAUGAUAAAUGUUAAAGGGUAUUUCUGGAGACUCCACUUAACGAAAUGGCUAGUAUUUAUUGCUCUUGUGACGAGUUGUCUUGUUUAUGGAAUCAAUAUGUAUGAAAGCAAACUGACAAAACACAAAGUUAUCUUGUGACACAAUCAUGUAGCUAGGAAGCCAAUUAAUGUUAUCUUUUAUUCUGCAAUUUACUUGCUCUCUGGUGCCUAUGCAUUGUAACACACAUACUAUGCAAUAUCAGUCUGUUUUUCUAAACCAAUUCACUGCAUUGGGCGAGAAAGGCCUGAGUUUAGCCUUAAUUUUCUAACAAUUCACAGGAAAGUACUUUAAAAACAGUGACAAACUAAAAGAAGGUGAAAAAUGCAUAAAGUAAAAGCACAGUUCCAGACUGCUCACAUAAGUGUCUUUCUAGCACCAAAACAGCAUCCACAAUAGAAGCAGCUACUUGCUGUAAUAGUUUCAAUUUAUGAAAACUGUGUACUAGAUAAAAUUAUAUUGUGAUGUGUAAAAAGUGUAUUUUAUAGCUUUGGUGACUUAGUUUACUGUUUUGUAUAUAUGAAUUUUAUAAAUCUAUUAAAACUUGACUUGUUAUACUGUU